AUGUUGUACAAGAUUAUUACAUUAGCAGUUUGGUUUUUCACAUUUGCCGCCGCAGUUUCAUCCAAUUACGCCCCAUUCACAGUUAACCUACCUGCUUUUAGCAAAGAGUGUUUCUACCAUGAUCUAAUUUCUAACGAUGACACUUUAGUCGUUUCAUACCAAGUCUUAACAGGUGGUAACUUCGAAAUUGACUUCUUGAUUACUGGUCCAGACGGCUCCACUAUCGUUGACGAAAAGCAAAAGAAAUAUUCUGAUUUCCUCUUGAAAUCUUUUGGUUUAGGUCAAUACUCCUUCUGUUUCAGUAAUUCAUAUGGUACUGCAUUGAAAAAGGUUGAAAUCACAUUGGAAAAGGAAAAAACUUUAGAAGUAGAUCAUUCCAAUACUGAAGAUGUCAUUGCUAACAAUGCAAUUGAAGAAAUUGACAGAAAUUUAAAUAAGAUGAAUAAGGUAAUGAAUUAUUUGAGAGCCAGAGAAUGGAGAAACAUGUCUACUGUAUCCUCCACUGAAUCCAGAUUGAAAUGGUUGUCCAUUUUAGUUAUGCUCGUUAUGGUUGGUAUCAGUGUUGGUCAAGCUAUCAUCAUUCAACUUUUCUUUAAAAGUCGUCAAAAGAAUUACGUUUAA